GGAGAUACUUCGUGCAGCCGCGACUUCAGCUUCGCGCCUCGAAUUUGCUCUUUGGGUUAUUGCGUUUUCCUGUCUCCUUUCCCCCUUAGCCACCCCUUUUGCGCUGCGCUCUCGCGGUUUCUCUCAGCCUUUCUGCCUGGAACUGAAUGUAGGUAGGAAACAGGUCGGCGUGCGGAAAAACACUGAAUAGGCAGAAAUAAGGCAAACUAACAGAGACGCAACAGGUCGGGUGCUCGGUGGUGAGGGCGAGCGGCGGCCCCUCGCUGUGCCUCUCGCGCAGUCCCCUUGGAGCCUGGGCGGGCGCUGUCGAGGACCCUUUCUGAGGUGUUCGUCCUCUGAGGGGCUAGGAGGGCCAUCCGGGUGGGUUUUAACCUUUUUUGCCACCAGUCCCCAGACUGAGGGUGCUUUUCACUCCCAGCUGGGGGGAGAGAAGAGAGCGGAGAGGAUGGUCCACGACCGCUGGUCUCGGCGCUGAGGAAAGCGGAGCUCCAUCUCCGUGCCCCGACUCGAUCUCCGCCAACUAGUUGUGCAGCCACCCAGACUGAACUUUUGGAGGAAUCGUCCUUUUUCUUUCCUUUCAAGAUUCUUGGAAGUGGUAGAGAGUGGGAGGCGAAGCCGAGGCAGCUGAUCCCUCCACGAUGCUGGUGAAGAAGCAUGCGGGGAAAGGUGGGGGCCGGGAGCCAGGCUCCGAGGACCCGAGGCAGCGUUGUGCCUGGACCGUGCCGCCGUGCACCUCCCUGGCGGCCCUUCUCUCAGUGGUGGCCCUGAUGUCUUGUCUGUACCUUGGGGUGAAAACCAACGACCUCCAGGCGAGGAUCGCUGCUCUCGAAUCCGCAAAAGGGGACCCUUCCAUUCAUCUGCUCCCUGAUCGCCUGGAUCAGCUCAAAGCAGUGGUGCAAGAGAAAGUGGAGGAACUUCUGGCUCAGAGAUCCUAUGAACAUAUGGCUAAAAUAAGAAUCGCAAGAGAAGCACCUUCAGAGUGCAACUGCCCAGCAGAAAGAUCACUCUGUUCCUGGUGUGGAGGAGAAUUUCAGGGAGGUGGGAUUGAAGUUGUGGAGACCAGGCAGGAUGCUCUUGUAGUAGUGGAGGCUUGCAGUGUCUCUGCCCUUGGUGAUGGGAGCCCUGAGCACUGUCAAGAGCACAAGCUCAUCACCGAAUGGUGGAGUCAGGGAUUUCCUCUAAUUCAUACUUCAGAGGAAGCAAUGUGCUAUGGCCAUAAAGGCGAGAAAUACAGAAGACAUGGAUAUAAUGUUGAUCUUGGACACUUUUGA